AUUAGUCACCAGUCACCAGACAGAGACUCGUCGUCGCGCACUUCAUGACGUGUCAUGGCAGCGCUCGAGAUGUGAUACGCGUUUGCGUGUGCUCGCGACGACGUUUCGCGCAAUCCCUCGUAAACGAAAGAAACCCGCGGUGUAUGAUGCGAUCGGAUCCUUUUAUGUAGGAGAGUAUAUAUUUUACGCAGGAAACGCGAACGUUGGACGACAGAAGAUUUUAAGAACAGUCUAUUGCGUCGACGACGACGGCGAUGAGAACGACGACGACGACGACGGCGACGGCGAUUUUUUAUACGCUGUGCGUAUUUCACGGUGCCACGGCCUUCUAUUUGCCCGGCCUGGCGCCUGUGAAUUACUGCAAGAAGGGCGAGACUACUCCAACCUGCAAGUCUGAUGUCAAACUGUAUGUAAAUCGUUUAAACACGGAGAAAUAUGUCAUACCAUAUGAAUAUAGUCACUUUGACUUUUGCUUGGGGGAUGAUGAACAAUCUCCAGUUGAAAACUUGGGACAGGUUGUAUUUGGAGAACGUAUACGUCCGUCUCCAUACAAGUUGCAAUUCUUGAAAGAUGUCAAGUGUGAGACCGCUUGUAUAAAAACAUAUAUAGGAGGUGAUGAAAAAUGUGAACAGAACUUGCAGUUAUUGAGGAAAGGGAUAGCAGUCAAUUAUCAACAUCACUGGAUUGUUGAUAACAUGCCAGUAACAUGGUGUUAUCAGUUAGAAGACGAGCGACAAUAUUGCAGUACUGGCUUCCCUAUGGGUUGCUACUCCAAAGAGUCUAGAUCUCAGCAAGACACUUGUACUAUACAUGGUCCAUACAACAAACCGAAAACUUUCUAUUUGUUCAAUCACGUGAAUCUUACUAUAACUUAUCAUAGUGGUGCUAAAGAAGAAUGGGGAUCAAACUUUAAGGAAAAUGGUGGUCGUAUCAUAUCUGCAAAAGUAGUGCCUCACAGUAUUAAGCAUACCGGUUCAGUUGAUUGUGAAAGUCAAAUACCAUUAGAGAUACCAACCAAUGAGCUUUCAGGUGGACAAACAUUUCAAGUGAAAUAUACAUAUUCCGUUAAAUUUGUGCAAAAUAAUACGAUCAAAUGGUCGUCCAGAUGGGAUUACAUUUUAGAAUCGAUGCCACAUACGAAUAUUCAGUGGUUUAGUAUUCUUAAUUCACUGAUAAUCGUUCUGUUUCUCUCUGGCAUGGUGGCUAUGAUAAUGCUACGUACAUUGCACAAAGAUAUCGCACGAUAUAAUCAGGCCUACUUCCAGAUAGAAUCAGGAGAGGAUGCACAAGAGGAGUUUGGAUGGAAACUGGUACACGGCGACGUAUUUCGCCCUCCGCGUAAAGGAAUGUUGCUUUCAGUUCUGCUUGGAUCUGGUGUUCAAGUGUUCUUCAUGACGUUAGUUACACUAGCAUUCGCUUGCUUGGGAUUCCUCUCUCCUGCUAAUAGAGGCGCGCUGAUGACUUGUGCGAUGGUUUUGUACGUUUGUUUGGGAACCACUGCGGGGUACACAGCCGCUCGGAUAUAUAAAAGUUUCGGUGGAGAAAAAUGGAAAUCCAAUGUCUUACUUACAUCCAUGCUUAGCCCUGGGAUCGUGUUUAGCUUAUUCUUUAUAAUGAAUUUGAUAUUCUGGGUGAAUGGAAGUUCAGCUGCAGUACCUUUCAGUACUUUAAUCGCACUUCUAGCAUUAUGGUUUGGAGUAUCAGUACCAUUAACAUUCAUCGGCGCCUAUUUCGGCUUUAAAAAAAGAGCUUUGGAACAUCCAGUGCGAACGAAUCAGAUUCCUCGACAGAUACCAGAGCAAAAUUUCUACACACAGCCAGUACCUGGUGUCAUAAUGGGUGGCGUCUUACCGUUCGGUUGCAUAUUUAUACAGUUAUUCUUCAUACUUAAUUCUCUUUGGUCAAGCCAAGUAUAUUAUAUGUUCGGAUUUCUCUUUUUGGUUUUCCUUAUACUCGUUAUCACAUGUUCCGAGACGACGAUUCUACUCUGUUAUUUCCAUCUUUGCGCGGAGGACUAUCAUUGGUGGUGGCGCAGCUUUCUCACAUCCGGUUUUACUGCUGUCUACUUGUUAAUUUAUUGUAUACACUUCUUUGUCACUAAAUUAGAUAUUGAAGGCGCCAUUUCUACGUUCCUGUAUUUCGGAUAUACAUUUAUCAUGGUUUACUUAUUCUUCCUUUUGACUGGUUCCAUUGGUUUCUUCGCCUGUUUUUGGUUCGUACGCAAAAUUUAUAGUGUUGUGAAGGUUGAUUAAAUAAAACUGAUGGGAGAACAAUGCCUGUUUGAUGAAUGUGGUAAAAUUUGUGCGAAACUGAUCGAAACGAGAAUGAGCGAUAGUCGAUAUUACAUAAACUGGCAUUAGGACAAAAAAAUUUGUUGCGAUAAUAAUGCGCGAAUAUUAGUAUAUUCUUCGCGUCAUUAUUAUUGAAAUCUCGUACCUCAAGUAUUAUCAUAAAUAAUAAAUGCGAUUUAUUUUAUUAAUACAAGAGAUAAUUUUCGGAUACACAUCGUCUUGCAUUAUCGACUAUCAGACAUUCUUGAGAAAUAUUUUCCCGAAUAAGCGUCUAACGUACAUCAUGCAUAUUGAUGUAUGUUUUAGAUAUUCGCAAAAAUUAACUAUUGCAUAAACAUUUUAUUUUACUUAUUCGUUUCUGGAACACUUGGAAAAACGUUAUAUAGUGUGCAAUCACGACACGUUUUGAGUUUAAUAUCUCAUAAUAUUAAAUCUUCGAUGCUACAUAAAAAAUCUGAUCAGAUUAUUUACCCUUUAUUAAUACAUUUACCACUACAAAGAGAUGCAAAGAUAAUUUCUUUGUAUUAAAAAUUGAUAAAAGUAUUAAUAGUGAGGUACAUAAGAGAAAAAAUCGUAAGUACAAUUCAAUUGAAUGAAACGAGUAUGUCGUCGUGUUUUUCAAAUUAUAUAAAUUUAUACAAGUAAAUGUACAAAUUGAGAACCAAUCUAAUAAUUAAAUUUUAAUUCUCUCUCUUU